CUGACAGUCUUCAUGCUGUUCAUGCUCUGCAUUAUCACCAUUUUUCUCCCUUUAUCCAUAUGGCAAAAUCUAUCUGAACUUUUUUUUUUCUAUUUUAGUGUGUGAAUGUGUCAGGAAGGACUAUCUAUUCAGUUUCCUCCUAUAGCAGGUGGCUAAGGGAUAAUCCAGGUAAAGCCACUGUAAAGUGGAGAUGGAGGGAUGGACAGAGGAAGGGGGAGGGCGGAUGGGGUGGCCUUUGCCUGGAUGACUAGGGCUAAUUCUGGCCUCCUAAUCCCAGUCCCAACCGCCCUCCCCCUCUUCCUGCUUGCUAACUGUUAGGAGCAAUUGACGCCCAGAUAGACGUUACCAUCACAUACACACCUAGCACCUAACCCGCGCAAGUUUACUGAGGAGGAAGAGGGAAAAGACAAGAGACCACUGGUACCUUUUCUGAAUAGCUAACCUGAGUAAUCUGGAUAGCUAGCACACCUGUGUGAGCUUCACUGGAGAAUGUAGCUGCAGCCCUCCAGCCAAGCCACAGGAAACACGCCACCAUGGGAGAAGCUCAAAAGGGCUUACUCUCUGUCAUUGAGAAACUGAAGGGAUCCACAGAGCAGGAGGUCAGGAUAGUUCUUCUGGGGUUGGACAACGCCGGUAAGACCACCCUGCUUAAGAGCCUCGCCUCUGAGGAUGUGAACACCAUCACACCAACACAGGGCUUCAACAUUAAGAGUGUUGCCUCUCAUGGCAUGAAACUCAACGUCUGGGACAUUGGAGGACAGAGAAAGAUCAGGCCCUUCUGGAAAAAGUACCUGGAAAACACAGACCUGUUGAUUUAUGUCAUUGACAGUGCAGACAAGAAGCGGUUCGAGGAAACGGGACUGGAGCUGUCUGAGCUGAUUGACGAGGAGAACCUAAAGGGCGUUCCAGUGCUCAUCUUUGCCAAUAAGCAGGAUCUGGCCACGGCAUCACCGGCCAGCGAGAUCGCUGAGGGACUCAAUCUGCACACGUACCGCGAUCGUGAGUGGCAGAUUCAGGCCUGCUCAGCUGUUUCUGGGGAGGGAGUCCAGGAUGGUAUGAACUGGAUUUGCAACAACAUUGUGAAUAAGAAGAAGUGAGCCAGCGUCCCAAACAACAUUGACCAGACUCAAACAGACGACCAGCAUCACAGAAGCGGUUCAUUUAACACCGACACACUGAACCUAUGACAGAUCCUGCCCCGACUCAGAGCUUUGAAUAACAAUUCUGUUUUUCAGUGUCAUUUUUAUGAAGAAUUUGCAAAUGUACCUAAUUGAAGGACAGAUUUAAACUACAAUGAGUAGUUAUUGUUAUUCAUCAUUCUGUUCCAAAAAUGUAUGUUGUCGUUCCCCCUCAUCCCCAGGAUCCUUGUCUGGUGAAUUUGUGUGCUUUCUUAACCACUGAGAAAACCAAGCUGAAUGUGUAGAAAUGUAGAUCUGUUGGGGUUCAUUAGUUAGACACCGGUUCAGUGUGAGUGUAAAGUAUGUGUUUUGAGAUUUUUGACAAUAAAAUAAUUAGUAAUUUCUGCUAUUUUUCUUUCUUGGUUUCAUAUCUUAUGUAGCCAUCAGUGUAAGAAAA